AUGCUCGCCAACCACGCGACUGUUAUUGACAUAGUCAACGCUCUCAUGACCAAGCUUCGUUUUACUCUGUCGUCCGCUCGUCUGCGUCGUGUGGCCCCUAUCGACGUGCUGCGACUCAAUAUGGUGGAAGAUCACGAAGUUGCGGUCCUGCUAGUCACUCUGGAAGACCUCAACUCGAUCACGCUCGCCUUACAAGGCGAAGAAUGCUCUCUUUUGGACGUCCGAGCGCGCGAACAAAAAGCCAAGUUUUGA